AUGUCGCUUUUGGCGGAGCCGCGUCGUAGGCAGCGACUAAGUGUGGAUCCUCAGAACGUCCAAUGGAAAAACGAUGAUCAGAAGAUCUCACGAAAGCUGAUGGAACGGAUGGGAUGGUCCGACGGUGAUGGCCUGGGCAGGAAUCGCCAGGGUAAUUCCGCGACUGUGAAACUGAAGGCCAACUAUACUGGAAAAGGUCUUGGUGCUGACAAGCUAGCGUCGUACGAUAGCACUUGGAUCGGACAUCAUGAUGAUUUUGCUGACCUGCUUAGCGCUUUGAACAAAAAUAAGGAAAAGGUUGGCAAUUUCUUUUUCUAUACAAGAAAAGCUCUUGUAGGUAUCACCAGUUAG